AUGAAGUUACCUUCAAGCAUUCUAUCCAUCCUAGGAUUGGCCUUGGCCAUCCAACAAGCCCCUGUGGCACAAGCCUCGGUCUCUCGAGGUUUGAGUGGAGAAUCAACCGCAGAGCCCUUCCCUGAGGACGAUGACCAGAGAACCCAGAGUCCUGAUCCCGGUCUGCCGUCUGGAGAGACUCCUGCGAAUGACAUGUGUGCUGAUGCACAGGUGGUUCAAGUAGGUGACCAACUGGUGGCAUCUACCGACGCAGCAACCACCGGUCAAGCGGAUACCUGUGGCAGCUUCUCGCCCGAGUUCUCCUUUUUUGGCCCUGGAAACGCCACGGGAGUCUGGUUCGCCAUUGAAGGAACUGGAGGAGGUCUCGAGGCAGAAGUCAAUGCUACCUAUGAUAUGCAAGUUGCCGUUUAUACCGGAUCCUGUGAUGAGCUUGCCUGUGUGGAUGGAACUGCAGGAGAUCCCCCUCGUUGGGACUACGGUGAUAUCAAAUGGGGCUCCAAGGAAGGAGUGAUGUACUACAUUUUAGUGGCUGGCUGGGAAGGCGAUGUAGGAGACUUUACUCUCUCCAUUUACGAAGGCGAAGAACCAGAAAACACGGAUUGUGCGGCUGCCGUACCACUCACCAUUGGAGAGACUUAUGAAGAUGGCACUACCGAGUUUGCUACCAUUCCCGAUGAAGGAGACUUCCCAGCUUGUACUAUUGGCGAGUUCUUGAAUGGCAUCACUGCUCCCACGGUCUGGUUCAGCGUAGUGGGUAAUGGGGAGAUUACCCAGUUCUCCCUAGUUGCAGAUUAUGAUGGUUGGAUCUCCAUCUACAAAGGAGAUAGUUGCGAUGAGUUGGAAUGCAUCAAUUCCAACGAUGAUUCUCCACUCAACGAUGGCUCGGAGAGUGUGAUUGCUCAACCACUCGAGGAAGGCGCCACUUAUUUCAUCAAUGUACACGGUUAUGAGAAGAGCUAUGGUAACUUUGGAAUCGAAAGCAAGACACUAGAACCAGUCGCAAACGACAUGUGUUCGGAUGCUGAACCGUUGGAGUUGGGCGUGAACGCGUCUAGUAGCAGUUUGGCUGCCACUGCGGAUCCUGGUCUCCCUGAAUGUGGACUAGGCACCAACGAAUCCUCUAUUGGAGUCUGGUACACGAUGGAAGGGACCGGAAACCCUGUGCAAAUCAGACUUGAAGGAUCUGGCUUCAAUCUGGAGCUUCACUUCAGCAUCUACACCGGAAGUUGCGACGAUCUUGUUUGUGCUGGUAACCAGUUCGUUGGCUUCUUGCCGUUUACGUGGGAUACCGUGGAAGGAGAGACGUACAACAUUUAUGUCUACGGGCGCACUCGUGCUCUAUCCGACAUCUUCACAAUCAUUACGGAAGAAGUCGAACGGCCAGCCAAUGACAUGUGCGAGGACGCCGUGCCAUUGGUACUGAACGAGGUUGUGUCUGGUACUACACUUGCCUCGAGCGCAGAUGAAGGGCUGGAAACUUGUGGCGAUGUCAUAGGUCUUGGUUUUGGUGGGGUUUGGUAUUCUUUUGAAGGAAACGGUGACAGACGUCUUGUUGGCGUGAGCUCAGGCUCCAAUGGAACCGGUUUCUUCGAUACCAUCCUCUCUGUCUACGAAGGAGAUUGCGGCUCUCUUACCUGCGUUGGCGGUGACGAUCAGGGCCAAGGUUUCCUAGAGUACGAGAACGUAGUUCUUAUUGAUACUGUCGAGGGAACCAUGUACUAUGCCUAUGUCCAUGGAUUUGGACUCAGCCGUGGUGACUUCGAAAUUGCAGAGAUCGGCAUCCCCCGCCCAGAAAAUGAUGCCUGUGAAGAUGCUACGCCACUGGAACUCGGAGAUAAUGUCGAGGGUUCCACUCAGUUUGCGGGCACGGACAUGGUUGACAUUGAAUCCUGUGGAACCUCCCAGUUUGGCAAUGAUACAGCCCCUGGUCUCUGGUACACCGUGGUCGGCGAAGGUUUCGCGGUUCAAGCUUCGGUGAACGCCCAAUAUGAUUUCCAAAUGACUGUCUUCUCCGGAGAUUGUGAUGCGCUGGAGUGUGUGGACGGAACGGAAGGAAAUGAGGGCGACUUUUUCAAUGGCGGUUUGAUCUGGACUGCCGAGGAAGGAGUUACCUACACUGUGUUGGUCCACGGCUACAACGGAGGUGUUGGAUCCUUUGAUUUGUUCUACGAAACUGCAAUCUUCUAA